GCUUUAAAUAUAUGCGUGUGAAUUGUACUCAAUUCCUGAAAUCCCUCAUGGUUAUUCAAUAAUAUCUCUGUGUAUUCCUGUUUAUCAGUAUUUCCUCCAUGCAUUUGCCAGUUUUGUAGCCAACUUGAAUACAUGCUAUCGUGUACCGACCAAAGUCAAAUAAGAUGUAGCCUAUCCUUUGUAUCUAGCGUUUUGUUAUUAUAGACAAACGUUGGCAUUGUGUUAGUUUACUAGGCUACAUGUGGUAAUAACAGUCACAUAUGGUAACAACACAAUACCAAGCAUGUAUACAGGUGGUACAUUUCCAGUGAAUAUCCCCUCUCUUGAUCUAUUGUUGAUGUUGUCCCCCAAGAUAAAAUCUUGUCAGUUUGUUUAGUCACACGCAAUAUCUCACGGCACUGAAGAAGAUACUAUUUGACGAAACUUGGGUGAACUAUGCGUCUUGCUAGAGAUCCGGCAUUUACAAAAUGACACUGGCGGCCCAAGGCGGGAGCUAUAGAAAUUGGCAUGAAUUAAAGAAUGAAUGAAUGAAUGUGAGGUUAAUUCUGUAACUUUAUGACAGUGGUUGUGAAUCAUAAAGAUACAGAAGUAUUCAUUCAUUCAUUCAUGUGACGUGGCCCCAUUCAACAAAUAUGUCUUCAGUAAUAAAGAGCAUGGAGGAAGGCAAGUAGCUUUGCGUUGUAGCUGCCGAUAUUGAAUCAGUGCCAUGUAGUGCAAACAAAAGGUACAAUAGGCCUACAUCAGUGAAGCACAGGAGGUAAGGCACAAUAUGAUGUUUACUGUGAAGUGUACACAUCUUCAGGUUAUUGUGUGCAUGCAUGGGCUCGGCGUGGGCACUGAUUCACUGGGGUGUAUGUUUCUUGUCUUUCAGGUUAUCUCGCACACACACACACCCUAGCAUGCAUUGACGCCUACACCAGCCGGGCGUGGAGUCCCUGUGUCUCUGACAGUUAGCUUUUUUCCCCAGCAUAUCGGACAGUGAUAAUACUAGGUGUGUGUGAUUAAGUGUGUGUGUCUUCGGUGACUGCGUCUGCCUGCGACACUCACUCGAAGUGUGUCGCCUCACACACACGCCGGCACUCACCAUGGCAGCGGAAUGUGUUCCGGAGGGGCCCCCCGACCUUAAGGAGAUGGGUGAGGAAGAUGUGUGGGAGCUGAUCAACGACAACCGUCAUCGUAUCUCCCUGGGUGUGAAACCAUGUAUGUUGAUCCCCUACCUGCGCCAGGCCAGGGUCCUCACAGAGAUGGAUGAAGAUGAGAUCCUCUCCUGCCUCAAGCUCAACAACAGCUCCAUGAGGACCAGUCACAUGCUGGACCUCCUGCGUAUCCAGGGGAGGAACGGUGCAAUGGCCCUGCUGGAGAGCCUGAUGAUCCACUACCCCACCAUCUACACCCAGGUCACAGGCCGCAAGCCCAGCACCGAGCCCUCUGGCUUCAGUGGCCUGAUUAAGUACUCGGACUUGACGGAGUACCUGGUCAAAGCCUUGACAGGGAUGCAGAAGGAGCUGAAGGAGGCUCGGCAGGAGGCCAGUCAGCUGGGGUCACGUUGCACCUCCCUGGAGGCGCAGCUAGGUCAGACUCUGGAGCGGCAGGAGGAGUCUCGCCGUCUUAAGGCCGACCACGGCCGCAUGAGGAAGCACUUGGCUGCCGCGCACCACGACAUCUUGAAGCUGAAGGACGAGAAGUGUGGCCUGUAUGCGCGGUACACGGCCGCCAUCGAGGAGAGGUCGGCCGCCAACAUCCACUGUAGCGACCUCAACCUGCAGGUAUAUCAGCUUCAGUUUGAGCUGCGCAAAGCCCAGACAGAGACGGACAUUGAGAGGCAGCGCUCGCCCAAGUGCCCCAACCCCAGCGAGACGCAACAACUGCAGGACGAGAUUAGCGCUCUGCGCAGGCAGCUACUGGUGGCCGAGAAAUUCACCCCGGCGCGUGAUGGUAUCCUGGCCCAAGACCUGGUUGAGGCGAGGGAUGGCCAUAUGCAGCUUGCUGAGCAGCUCAGGUGCUACAGAGAGGAGAAUGAGCAGCUGACCCGCGAGAGGCGGGAGAUGGUGGAACAUAAGGAGUGUCUGGCGCUGCAGGUUGAGAAGUUGUCUCUGGACUGUGAGAUGUACAAGCAGAAGGGUACUGUCAAACAGAGCCAACUGAGGGAGCUACAGGCAGAGAGAGACCACGCGUGCCUGUCCAGGGGCAAGGCCCAGGCCCAGAUAGCCAGGAGCCUGGCUGAGAAGGACACGCUGCGCAGCGCACACACUGAAUGGAAGUUUAGCUGGGAGAGCCAGGGCUCCAGCAGUGACAGCCUCCCCUCCAGCCCCUCACCUCGUCCCCGCCUCCGCCGCAUGCAUGCAAUUUGCCCCGAUUCCAUGAAGAGUAACGAUAUCACUCCAAGUAGUGUCCCGUCCCAAAACGUGGAGCCUCCAUGCCCAGACUCACUGCGGAGACAAGAAAAGACCCUAUGGUACAAUCGAGACAGCUCGGAGACGGCUGAAUGUGACGUCUUACUUGACAAUGACUUUGUGUUCAUCCCCAGUGGCAAUGAGGUUGAGCAAUCUGUUAUGUCACCCACACCUUCCUGCCAAAGCAACAACAGUGAUGGGGCAUCAGCACCCCCGUUCCUGCUGCGCUCCCGGCCCCGGGCCAUGCGCAUCACGGGCCGAGUCCUGACCAUCUCCUUCCAGGGGGAGGCGCUGCUGAGCCAGCUGCAGGUGGUGGGGGGUAACAAGACGGGCGUGUUCGUCCACCAGGUCACCGAGGGCUCCGCCGCCAACACAGUGGGCAUUAGUUCGGGGGCACAAAUACUGGAGGUGAAGUAUGAGCAGGCCCAGCAGGCUCUAAGGAUGGUUCUGGAGGACUCCACCCUGGAAGAAGCCAUGUGGGCUCUGGGGCAGGUCCAAGGCUUCUGCCACCUCUCCCUGAGGCCCAACCAAGAUGCCUAUGAGAAGCUCCUGCUGCAGAAUGGCGAGGCCAUAUCAGGGGACUCCUUCUACGUGCGCGUCAACAUAUCGUUACCCGGGGGCUCGCAGGACGCUCUGACCGUUUCCUGUAACGACAUCCUCCACGUCACAUGCACCCUCCCAGCGGGCGCUGACCGCUCCUGGAGGGCCAGCCACGUCCACCCUUGCCAACUGCUGGACCUCAAGACGGGCAACUUGCCCAACUACUACAGAGCCCAACGCCUGCUGAUCAGAGCUAUCGAGGACAUGAGCAUUCAACCCAUGGCACUUAGAAAGGCCCGGGACAAGCAGAAGACUGUGAGGAUCGUCAGUACGGGGAGACAGGGGAGGAAUCCUCUGUGGGUCUGUGUAGAAGACAGCAAGGACAAGAGCACUGGGCCAGGGGAAGCCUCUGCGCCCAGAGGCUGUUUGUCCCUCAUGCCCUACACCCUGGUCACGGCCCACUACCCACCCGUCUGUCGUCCGGUCCUCCUGCUACCCACAAUCCUCGGCCGUGUCCUGAAUCAGAAACUUUCCAAGUGGCAGGGCUUUCAGUUGUGUGAGCCAGAGUUAUUGAGUUCCAGCGAGCACGCUGCCAGGCUGCAGAGGUCUGAGGUGCUGGAGGAGUGUGAACAGGGGGGUCAGCGGUGUUACACCCUGCAGAGUGUUGAGAGGGUCAUGAAGCAGGGUACCCACUGUGUGCUGCCUCUAGGUCUGGACUGUGUACGCCGCCUCCACAGGGCAGAGAUCUUCCCCAUCAUCAUCUUCAUCGCCCAGUCCAAGUCCAGAGCAGCACGCAAACUCAAGUCUAAGGUGCAGAGUCAGGGCUGGUCCGAGGAGCAGCUGCUGGAGUGUUCUCGCAGCGAGGAGUCCCUGCUGGACAAGCUGCCCUGCCUCUACCGCAUCGUCAGCCCUGACUCGUGGGACGACAAAACCACCCUGCUCACCACCCUGCACUCCGUCAUCUUGGAGGAGCAGAAGAAGAUUGUGUGGGUGGAGCCUGAUUUGUGGUGAUGUUAAGGCAUCAGAAGCAUCAAUGUGAAGUUUGUUGAUGAGGUACUCGUGGCCAAAUUGGAUGUCUUUGAAUUCCAUAUUUGUAAAAUAAGUUAUUUGGAAUAUUUGUAAAUGGAUAAAACGGAGAAGAGUUCCAAUAGGCAUUACAUACCUGAGCAUUAUGGGACAAGGGAAAUGGAUUGUGUAUGAAUGUGUACCUAUGAUAGCUACCUAUACAUAUGAAUUCUGUAAUCAAGGUAGUAGUAUGAGUAUGAAGGUAGCAUGAUGAGAUGUACCAGCACUUUGGUUUAACUUCAUUAAGUUCUUGUUUUAUCCAACCUAUAUUUACUUGUAUUGUUUUUGGGAAUAGUUUUUCAAUUAUCUUUAUCAUAAAGAUAUGACAGUGUUAUAUACUGUGUAUUGUAUUAUAUACAGGAUUUCAACAAACCUGUGAAACCAUAGUCGUACCCAAGUCACACCAGAAAUGUAAUGUAGGAAUUCUAGUCAGACUAUGUUGACUAACUGUCAGACAGUUUUAAAGUUUCCAUACAAUGAGGGAUUUAAUGACCUAUUCUGAAGUGUGCAACUCAAAGUGGGGUUAAAGUCUAAUGAUAGUAGGCAUUAUAUGGAUUUAGGUUGGAACUUGUUUUUAACGCAGUGGUAUUCAAAGUCUGGGUUCAGGACCCCUAUUGGGGUCGCGGGGGAACUGCAGUGGGGUCGCCAAAAUAAAAUGUAUAAUAAAAUAGAAAAAUGAAGAGUACAGAUUAUUUUAUUCGACAAUAUACAAAGGUUUUUGAGAAAGAUCAUUUGAAAAAUGUAAUUGAGUAAAUGUAUUUAUUGAUUUAUUUUCAUUUUGAUCAAGAGAUUUAAUAAAUUGACGGUUAUUUGAUUUACAGAUUUGAAGGACAAAUGGGGUCCUCAGAAAUGUUUUGCAUGCCACUUUUUUUAAAGGGUGACAAAAAAAGUAACUGAUAUUACAUGAUAUGAUAACUUGUAUUUUACGAUAUAUAAGAUGACUGUACACAGAGCUCAGGUAUCAUUGACCCUUAGUCACUCACUCUAGGAAUGAGAACCAAGCUCAACUUCCUGUGCACCGCUUAGGCCUACUUGAUUUAUGUCCAACCCCUCCCUCUCUCUUCCACCUACAUCCUCUCUUUAUGAUCUUUCCCUGCUUUCCUAAAUAACCACCAGGUGCAGUAUUAGGCACUGUCCCUGAGCCAGCUGUCUAAAACCUGCUUAUUGUGUUAUGAGAUGUAUAUACACGUGUUAUGUCAGCUGUGCCAUCAUUUCUGGUACGAAUGUCUAUGAUAAUUGUCAUCGUAGAUGUAGGCUAUGGAAUGAAUUAACAGAUGCUGGUGGAUUAUAUAUGAUAGGGCAAUACUUUUUUAUUUUGUGUAAUUAAAUGUUUUUAAGAUGUGUUUGUCUUGUCAUCCGAUUGUUGCAAAAUGUGUUUACAGGUGCAUGACAAUCUUUUGGACACUGAAAGGAAAUGCUACUAUAAAAUAUGUAAUUAUUUUGUAACUAAAUACAUUUGAUCAUAUUCCUUUCGUAUUUGCACAUUUAUGUCAAAGCAAAGUCCUCAAGACGAAUAUAUGGUUUGGUUUCUUCCAAAUGCCAUUAAUUUUGUUAACACUUGCAAUUAAUUAGCAUUUAAGCUUGAAGUGAAUGCAGGGACAUUUUAACGGUUGAUGCUCCAAUGUAACCAGCAGAGGGAGCAAGAUUAAAAGGUGAACGUAAGCAACCCGCAA